UCAAGUUUUGAUUUUUAUGAUUUUUGCUGAAAUGGGGGUUUAGCUUCGCUAGAAAUAGUCAAAAGGGUCUUGAAUUCUUGGUCUGUUAUUUCCCAACUUUUAGUAUUUCUUGUUAAAGCGCAAAACUCAGUAACCUCUCUAUUUCUUCAGCUUAUGCUACUUUCCAUUUUCGUUUAAAUAUUCAAGUUUUGGUAUUUUAUAUGAAUUUGAACUGGGGUUUUGUUUAUGGGUAGCAUAAUUCAAAGGGGUGUAAGAGUGUUGAGGAAAGUUGAUACUUUUAUCAAUUUUUGCGGUAAUCCAGGAUUUAAGCUCGCUAUUGCGAAGCUUGUGGGGGUAAGAGUUUGUUGUUUUCAUCACAAUGGGAGGGAGUUCUUCUAAGAACCAAGGCGCCAAAAGUAAGUUAGUGAAUCCUUACACCCAGAGUGGUGUGAAAGGAUAUCUCUAUGAGGGGCAACACCAGCAGCAGCGACAUGAGUUGCAGAAGCAGAGUAAGAUGCUAACUCCACCACAAUUGCAGGAGAGCAAGGACAAAGAGAAUCAGGAGCCAAGGUUCGGUGGCUAUUCGAGCAGUGAGGAAGAGUUUUAUGAUGGUAUCCCGAGGUUCCACGGGAGCUCUUCACGAAAACCUAAACCGAGGAGGGUUGCAAAGGUUGCAGAAGUAAGUUUUCGUCUAGGUAGAGCUGGAAGUGCUGGACUCGUGAGGACCGUGGAAGCGUUGGACAUAAUUGGGAGCAGCAUGACUAAUUUGAAUUUAAGCAGUGGCUUUGUUUCUGGUGUGACAAGCAAAGGGAAUGAACUAUCUAUAUUGUCAUUUGAGGUCGCGAACACAAUCGUUAAAGGUUCUACUCUUAUGCAUUCACUUUCAAGAAGAAGCAUUCGACAAUUGAAAGACGUGGUGCUACCUUCAGAAGGUGUGCAGCUGUUAGUAUCAAAUGACAUGGAUGAACUUCUUAGUAUAGUUGCUGAUGAUAAGAGGAAAGAGCUACAGGUUUUUACUGGAGAAGUAGUUCGGUUUGGAAAUCAAUGUAAAGAUCCACAAUGGCACAACUUGGACCGUUUCUUUGAGAAAUAUAGGAGAGAACCUACCCCUCAGAAACAAUUGAGGGCAGAAGCUGAAUUGAUGAUGCAGCAACUGUUAACCCUGGUUCAGUAUACAGCUGAGUUAUACCAUGAGUUGCAUACUCUGGAUAAAAUUGAGCAAGAUUAUCAGCACAAGCGUCUAGAAGAUGGUAAAUCAAAUGCCAGUCAAAAAGGUAAUGGUCUUACAACUUUAGCUGCUGAGUUGAAAAUCCAGAAGAAAAUAGUGAAAAACUUAAAGAAAAAGUCACUGUGGUCCAGAUGUUUGGAUGAGGUCAUGGAUAAGCUAGUGGAUAUUGCCCUCUUUCUCAACAGGGAGAUAGAUAAUAUUUUUGGCAAUGCGGAUCCAGAUAGCGAGGAAAAGCAAUUUCUAGGUAGUAAGCCAAGAUUAGGGCCUGCCGGUCUUGAUCUACAUUAUGCUAAUAUCAUUCUUCAGAUUGAUUCAAUUGUAGCCCGGUCAAGCUCUAUGCCUCCAAAUGCGCGAGAUAUGCUAUAUCAGAAUCUUCCGCCCAAUAUAAAAUUUUCUUUGCGAUCCAAAAUACAAUCUUUUCAUGUCAAAGAGCAGCUCACUGUUACUGAGAUUAAAGCUGAAAUGGAGAAAACACUACAGUGGCUAGUUCCUGCUGCAACGAUUACUGCCAAAGCUCACCAUGGUUUUGGUUGGGUUGGAGAAUGGGCUAAUGCCGGGUCUGAAUCAAAUCGUAAGUCGAUUGUAUCAGCGGAUGUCAUCCAAAUUGAGACACUACACCAUGCUGACAAGCAGAAAUCAGAGGCUUAUAUCUUUGAGCUUGUUCUAUGGCUCAAUUACCUAGUAGCUCAGUCCAAAGCAACUUCCUGCGGUGGGCGCUUGAGGUCACUUUUGAAAUCCCCAGAUUGUUCAUCUCUUGAUUCCGUAGACCGGGUAGAUAUUUCAAUAUGAGUUGCUUACAACAACGACAACAACAUACCCGAUGUAUUCCCACAAUGUGGGGUGUGGGGAGGGUAGUGUGUACGCAGACUUUACCACUACCUUGUGGAUGUAAAGAGGCUGUUUCCGGAAGACUUCAAUAUGAGUUGCUUGUUGUGGGGAUUAGAAGAUGUACAGACGAUAACGUGUUGUUUAGCAAAUGAAAUCAAGAUUAGGGUGAUAGAGAAAAUAGAAAAUGAAGUUGGUUUUGGAUGAUUAGGUCACUCUUUGUCAAUAUUGAUUUGUUAUGUUUCUUAACACAGGUUAGAUUUUGUUUCAUAUUUAAUCA